UAAAUAAAAGAGGGGACACCUAUAAAAGUCGUACAGGUCGAGUGAGUCGGCUAGUGGUUGCGGUACCUGCAUUAAUCCGGUGACCAUGAAGCUGUAUUUGGUAUUAUUAGUGGUCCUAGUGGCUGUUCUGAGUACUAUUUAUGGUGCUCCUUCCAAGGGAUCCACCAAGGCUUCCCUGAAGAAGAAAGCGACGUGCACCAAAGAAUGUGGGGAGACCUACAAACCAGUUUGCGCUUCUGAGGGUGACAGGAAGAUCAGCUUUGGCAGCGAAUGCGUCCUGAGCAAUUACAACUGCGAAAACCAGAAAAAUUUGAGAGUGGUUUCCCAAGGUGAAUGUCCAGGAGGCGGAGGUGUGCGUUUAUCUUAAAAAACUCUCAUGAACACCCAGUACAUCUUCAAUGGAACGCUAUCUACUUCAAAGAUACACUAUACCAUGCGAUUACAAGAUGCUUCUCCGUUUUAAAAUAUAAACAAAAUUUGCAUAACAUUGUUAAUUUAUUAUUUGUAAUGCGCUUUCUGUAACAUUAAUUUGUUAUCGUAUAUAACGUAUAUCAGCAAAUGUUUUGAUAAUAUACUUAAAAUGCGUAAAUAUAAUUAAUGAAUGAGUAUCAUUUAUAAAUAAAGGCAACUUAGGACAACA